GAAGUGGUCAAGGAUGUCGCUGUUUAGAACAAGUGCAUGAUCAGUUGAACCACCAGCAAGCCAAAGCUCUUUUGAAUGUGACAUUUUAUAAAGUGAAGUUAUAGAGACCGGGUCAAAAUAAGCUAUCUAAGGGAUUCGCUGCUAAACUCUGCUGUUCCGACUGUUCCGACACAUGACUGUUGUCGAAAUUAUCAAACACAGAAUUGCUCCUACUCCUCAGGGAAUUUCAGGCCUUUGAGACGCUUCAUAACUUGAGGACAUGGAGCAGAACAACAGUUUGCCUCCUUUCCAGGGUCUUGCCUCCCCUCAGGGGGCAAUGACUCCUGGUAUGCCCAUUUUCAGCCCCAUGAUGCCCUAUGGCAGUGGUCUGACUCCCCAACCUGUGACGAACACCAACAGCCUGUCUCUCCUGGAGGAGCAGCAGCGGCAGCAACAGCAGCAGCAGCAGGCUUCGGCCCAGCAGGGUGGGGUGCCAGGGGGCUUGGGACAGACACCACAGCUUUAUCACUCCCAAACGGUCACGACCACCACACUGCCAGGAAACACCCCCCUCUAUACCGCUACACCGCUAACCCCCAUGACACCCAUCACACCUGCCACUCCUGCCUCGGAGAGCUCUGGGAUUGUCCCACAGUUACAGAACAUCGUAUCCACUGUGAACUUGGGCUGCAAACUUGACUUGAAAACAAUAGCACUGCGAGCUAGAAAUGCUGAGUACAACCCCAAGCGAUUUGCUGCUGUAAUCAUGAGAAUACGAGAGCCAAGAACAACUGCACUUAUCUUCAGUUCUGGAAAAAUGGUGUGCACGGGAGCCAAAAGUGAAGAGCAGUCCCGCCUGGCAGCCAGGAAAUACGCCAGAGUCGUGCAGAAGUUGGGCUUCCCAGCCAAAUUUCUUGAUUUCAAGAUUCAGAACAUGGUGGGCAGCUGUGACGUCAAAUUCCCCAUUCGGUUAGAGGGACUUGUACUAACUCACCAGCAGUUCAGCAGUUAUGAACCUGAGUUGUUCCCUGGGCUAAUCUACAGAAUGAUCAAACCCAGAAUUGUCCUGUUGAUAUUCGUUUCAGGCAAAGUUGUAUUAACAGGUGCAAAGGUGAGAGGAGAAAUUUAUGAAGCAUUUGAAAACAUCUACCCCAUCUUGAAAGGAUUCAGGAAGACAACGUAAAUAUUUAUGCCUGCAAUCUUUUUUUAAAUUUCUUUUUUUAAUAGUCACAGGGGAACUUGCUCUAUGUUGUGACCCGUUACAUUGGGACUCUGAUUGGACCUGUACAGUUUAAUCGGCAAGUCAGGGACCCCUCCUAUUCACCUUAAUGGUGAUUUGAUACUAGGGGAAAAUGCUGUAUUUUAGCAGUUUUAUUUGUUUUAAAUGGCUCUUGCUUGUUAUUAAAUGAGGCAGUCUGGCUGGCUAUUUCUUUUCAUUUAAGCAUUUAAUUUUUCUAAAGUAGUUUUUAAGAUGUUAUCUUAUCGUUUCUCAGUGCAUGUUUGUCAACACACCCUACAAGCAGACAUUCAAGAUUCAUAACAUGAUUAUUUCAAUGGUUUUUACAGUCAAUUUAAUUGUUAUAUGAAGAAUCUCCAGAUUGAAUGUUACUUAGGAUUGUUUUGCAAGGCUUACCAAUUUGUCCUUAUUUCUACAAUAUUGUUUGUACAUAUUACAUUUUGAUAACGCUUUGCUGCUGAAGGCAAGAAAAUGGCGUAACGUGGAGUGGAACAUUCAUCAUGCAACCUUGUGCAUCUAAGGAGUGUUAUUAGUAAUCUAUGUACUUCAGAUGUCUUAUUUUUCUCAUUCCGUUUUUGGUCAUUAAGUGCUAUUUAAGAACCGUCAUGUUUUAAUGCUAGAAUAGACAAACAAAUUCACCAUGGAUUUUGUUUCAAUAGUUGAUACGUACUGUAUUUGGUCUACCAACUAAGCCCACGAAAGCACGGUCAGUAAUUAUGUUCUGGUUUUAAAUGUUAUUUUGCUCCAUUGUGUGCAAUUAAAUAUUCACUUACCAAUUGUGAUCUCCGUUAGUUUAAAAAGCUUUUUCUUCAGUGUAUGGCAAGAUUUUGAACUAGUAUUCAAUAAUCCUGUGAAUUUAUGACUAUGUACAUGGAUUUGUGAAAGCUUGACCACAGUUUAAAGAAUGGACACACUAAACAAUUGUGCAAGGUGCAUCAUGACAUCUUAACAUGCAAAUUGCAUUUAUUGAUUUGUAAUGCUCAAGAAAUGACAUUCCAUUACAGCAACUUUUUAAAACCGGAUAUUAAGUUAUGCAGUCUUAGUCCUAUGACAACAAACAAUGGACUAAUAUUAGGUAUUUUGCUUUUUGGAAGUAAGACCGUUAUAACUAAGUCAUAUUCCUCAAAUCAAAGUGUGUAUGUGUGACUGGAAA